CAGAUUUUGGUUUAGUAUCUGAUUGGGACAACAUACAGAGACAUUUCCAGUCAUGAAUUCAGAACAGGAUGUAGCACUGAAACUAGCUCAGGAGCGAGCUGAAAUAGUUGCUAAAUAUGACAGAUUUCAUAGAAGAAUUUACAAAGGAAUCCCACUCCAGCUCAGAGGUGAAGUCUGGGCACUCCUUCUCGAGAUCCCUAAAAUGAAAGAAGAAACAAGAGACCUUUACAGUAAAUUAAAACACAGAGCACGGGGUUGUUCACCUGAUAUCAGACAAAUAGACCUUGAUGUCAACCGCACAUUUAGGGACCAUAUUAUGUUUAGAGACCGAUACGGUGUUAAGCAGCAGUCCUUAUUCCAUGUUCUUGCUGCAUAUUCCAUUUAUAAUGCGGAAGUCGGGUAUUGUCAGGGCAUGAGCCAGAUCACAGCCCUGCUCCUCAUGUAUAUGAACGAGGAAGAUGCCUUCUGGGCCCUGGUCAAACUCUUCUCGGGUCCCAAACAUGCCAUGCAUGGUAAGAAAACCCUGUAUAUUAUCAUAAACAUAAACAAGAGAGAGAAAAAAGGUAAAUUAAAACAAAAUCACAGAUGCUUGGAUUCUCAAGAAAUCUACACAAGUUUUUACACAAUGAAAUGGUUUUUUCAAUGUUUCCUUGAUCGUACUCCCUUUACACUAAACCUCAGAAUAUGGGAUAUCUACAUCUUUGAAGGAGAACGAGUUCUUACUGCUAUGUCUUACACAAUCUUAAAAUUACACAAAAAACAUCUAAUGAAAUUAUCUAUGGAAGAACUUGUAGAAUUUCUUCAGGAGACCCUGGCAAAGAAUUUUUUCUUCGAAGAUGACUUUGUAAUAGAACAACUUCAGAUUUCUAUGGCAGAACUAAAGCGGGCGAAAUUAGACCUUCCAGAACCUGGUAAAGAGGAUGAAUAUCCAAAGAAACCUUUGGGGCAGCUUCCGCCUGAAUUCCAGGGUGGUGGCCUCAGUCACCUGAGCAACGGCCAAAGAAGCGUGGGCAGGCCGAGCCCCCACCUGGGCAGCAGGAGGGAGAGCACGGCGGUGUCGCAGUCCCGGAAGCAGGAGCACUCCCCGCGCCACCAGGGGAGAACGGGCACCCCGGAGCGCGCCAGGCAGCUAAGACGGAGAUCGGUGGACGAGGACAGCAAGAAGCUUAAGGAAGAGGCGGAUUUUCAAAGAAAACCCCCAUCAGGGCCACAUGACAGUUCCAGGCAGUAUAAUCAUGCCGCUGCUAACCAAAACAGCAACGCCACUUCCAACGUCAGGAAGGAAUUUGUGCCCAAAUGGAACAAACCGUCCGAUGGCUCAGCUUUGGAGAGAACUGCCAGACACGCCGAAGGUAAGAGCAGACCGGGGCACCCCACGCUCACAGGCGCCCCGGGCCCCGCCGACGGCCGGGUGUCGGUGUCGCACGCGCGGCCGCAGCCCAGGGCCCUGGAGGUGGAGGACGGCAAGCGCGGCUCCACCGCGUCGCAGUACGACAACGUGCCCGGCGACGGCGCGCCCGGCGACGAGGGCGAAGGCGCGGCUGCCGUGGAAGAGGCCCUGGACAGGGCUCGCUCGCACAGUCCCAGGACCGGCGCCCAGGCCGGCAGCCCGCGGAGGCUCGCGGAGCCCGGCGCCAGCCCCGCGAAAGCCCCCAGCAGGUUCGCCUUUCGGGCGCAGCCCCCCGGCUACGCGCGCCCGCCCGCCCACGGCGACGCCCCCAAACACCUCCCCGCCGCCAACAGCUUUGGGUCCCCCCACUUCAGCCCCGGGGCCCCAGGUCGUCCUUCCGGGAGACCCUACGGCUCUACUCUUUCGAUCGAUCUCUCUCCGGACCGAGCGUUCGGCCGCCCGGCCCCGCUCGUGCUGCCGUCCAGUCGGAUAGAAGUGCUUCCGGUGGACGUCGCCGGCGGCGCGCACCCGGGCAGUGCGGGGUCACCAAAGCACACGCAGUUCAUCCUUCCUCCGGUGGAUUAUUUGCCAGACAACCGGAAGUGGUCGGAAGUGACUUACACUUACAGGCCCGAGGUGCACGGGCAGGCGUGGCCUCGGGACGCCGGCCGUGGCGACGUAGCGAGAUACGCGGCGUUUCAGCGCGGCCCCUUCCAGGACCACGGCCUCCCCGCCGUCUCGGUGGACAGCCCCGUGCGGUACAGACCGCGCGCGGCGGAAGACGCCGGCCCCCCGGGCUUUCAGUAUUCGGGGCCCUCGCCUCCAGCCUACCACUACAGAAACCGGGACGGCCUGUCCAUUCAGGAGUCGGUGCUGCUGUGACGAUUGAUCUGUGCUCGCUGGCGACGAGGGUAGAAACCACAGAAACCCACAUCGCUAUGUUUGUAAUUGCCAAAGCAGUAUUUUAUACUAUUGUGAACAACUUGCACAGCCCUGGUGUCUUGUUAGUGAUAAGAAUAUACGGAAACGUCUUCAUUCUCAUGUAGAUGCUGCUUCAGAUGAGCAUUUAAAGUACGUCAUCACUGACCCUGUUAAAAAGAAUUUAACCUGGAAACAGCAAUAGCAUUUAGGGAUGCAUGCAAGAUGAUAAUUUAUUACUCAGUUCCAUUUAUAUCUUUUUCCAAAACUUGAACAUUUUUACUCUAUUGGCCCAUUCUGUUUCGACUGAUGUUACAAAGUACUGAAAAACUAUAGAUUAGGUAUUUUUAAGGCUAUGUGUAGUGUGUAUGUUUUUUAAUAGCUAUCAUAGGCAUCUAUGCAUACACAUUUGAACACAGAACUAAAGAAGUGUUUUUAAAAAACUAUUUUUAAUCCAGACCCAUGGGAUAACGUGUUAUCCUUCUUUUCCUUAAUGUUUCUUUUAGUCCAGUUUUUUUCUUCUCAUAUUUUAACCUCGGUCUUAAACUGACUAAAGAGUUUCCCUGACUUUAUUAAUUCAACAUCUCACAGAAUGCUCAUCAUUCUCCUUCAGUUGCUACCAUUUUCUUUGAAUCUGAAAAUCAAAUAUAUUGGAGAGAAAGGCUAACCAGCUUAAUGGUGCUUAAAAAUCGGGGCAGUUAAAGUAAGUUUAUGGCCAGAGGUGUGGGGCUCCUCCUAUCUGUUUACCAGGCCAGUCUUAGUGCUCUUGUGCGCUUUGUUCUGGUCUGACUCCUGCAGAGCUCAGAGCAGGCUGUCCCCGCCAGAUGCCCAGGCGAUGCCGGGCACAGCUCUCCAGUGGAUGCCGCAGGAAAGCUGCAACAUACUGAUCAUUCAGCACUCGCCCAGGACGCAGCACAAAUGCCUUUGAAAUUCAUUUGGAAGCAGGAUUAACAAUAUGGUUACUUUUCAGUUCUGCCCCAGGGUGGUCGUUUACAUGAUCCUUUCCUGGCAUUCUUUCUUUAGAGAGUGUAGUCAGUGUUCUUAAUCGGGCCAUUAAAUUAGCCAUGUAAAAUGAUAAAAAAUGAUCCUAAUUAUUAAUAGGAGUCUAGGAUUUUGA